CCCAGGGCAGAGGGGCUCCUGGCAUGUUGGGGGCCAUGGGGAGCGGGUGGGAUGGGCUCAAGGAGAGCCGGGGGCAGGGGGUGCCUCGAGCUCGGUGCUGUGCAAGGGGGGGCAUCCGCCCGCAGAGCCUGGCCUGGCUGAGAAGGGGCUCAGCUGCGGUCUUUGCUCCUAUGGGGUCUGCGUGGAUGGAGAGCCGGGCCCGGCAGGGGCAGAGCCAGGCCCCAGGGCUGGGACCGGGGACCAGCCCCCUCCACUGGAGCCGGGGGGACAGGACCAGGCAAGGAGCUUGUGAGCCCAGGGGCCCCGAUCCUGGACCACCAGGCCUGGGGCACCAGGAGGCUUUGCACUGCAGCCUGGAGGGAUUGAGGGGUGCCAGGGCAGGGCAGGGGGCAAGAGCUGGUGCUGGGGCAGGGCAGGAUUUUCAGCCAUCUGGCUCCUUUGCACCAGUCUGGCUCUGCCCCACUGCUGCUUCCUGCUGGCUGCCUGCGCCUGCAUUGUCCUGGGACCUCCCGCCCCCCCGGGCCCUGCUCCCAGCUCCUUAUCAGCGCCGCCCGCUGCCUGGGCCUUGAUGCAAUCCCCUUUGAAGGCGCCGGCUCCCCCCUGCCCCAGGCGGGGCUGGCCCAGAGCCAGGCAGGCUCCCCUCCACGGGGCUUGAGCUGCAGGGCUGAUGCGGCCACCUCUGGGGUGCAACACGAGGCCCAGCAGUGCAGGGCUGGGGGGAAGGUGCCUUCACCCUGAGUGUGGAGAGGUACGGGGCCUGGCACUGGGUGGGAACGGGCCGGGGUCGCAGAGCCCCAGGUUGGAGCUGCCCUGCAGCCCGGGGUAGCGGGUGGGGAGGCCGGAGCCGUCGCCUCCGAGCCAGGCCUGGACUUUGCCCUCCCUGCCCCACCCGGAGCAGGAGCCAGGGACCAACAUGGCCCCCGGCACGCGUGGUUGCCUGUGCAUGUGGGGGUGGGUGGGCGCGUGUAUCUGCACGCUCAUGUGAGUGUGCCUGUGUGCAUGUGUAUAUGUGAUGGCAUGUGUGAGCCUGUGCCUGUACAUGUGCACUCACGAGUGUGUCCACACACACAUGUAUGAGUGCACAUGCCUACAUAUAUGUAUGUGUGCGUAUCUGUGUGCACGUGAGCGUUUACAUGUGCAUGCACAUAUAUGCAUGAGUGCAUAUGUGUACGUUUGUGCCUACGUAUGUGCACGCACAUGGGAGUGCAUGUGUGCAUAUGUGUGUGCACACAAGUGGACAUAUGGGGGGGUGUGCGUGUGUCCAUCUGUAUGCAUGACCACAUGUGUGAGCAUGUGUUUGCACAAGCGUGUGUAUGCAAUGCAUGUGCACACAAGUGUCAGGCCAGGCAGCCACGCUGUGGCAGGGACGUUUCAUCCCAGGGCGGCCAGCCCAGGAAUCGCCCCUCUGUCUGCUCCCGGCCGCCGUGUGCCAGGCCGGGCCACGCCAGCACUGACCUCCUUCUGCUGCCACAGGCGCGGGCCGUGGGGAUGGCGCUGGCCGUGCACCUGCUGUCCUGCCUGCUGGGCACGGGCUCGUGGGUGGCCAUCAACGGGCUCUGGGUGGAGCUGCCGCUCAUCGUGCCCGAGGCGCCCGAGGGCUGGGACCUGCCGGCGCACCUCACCCUGCUCAUCCAGCUGGCCAACGCGGGGCCGUUGGCCGUGGCCUUGCUGCACCGGCUCCGGCCCCAGUGGCUGCAUGAGCCGGGUCUCAUCGGCGGGCUGGCGGGGCUGGGGGCGCUGGCCUGCCUGCUGCUGGCCUUCCUCUGGAGGGCCAGGGUGGUCGUGGGCGGCUCGCCGCGCAGCCUGGCGCUGCUGGUGCUGCUCUUCUGCCUGGCACUGGUGGACUGCACCUCCUCCGUCACCUUCCUGCCCUACAUGCGGCGCUUCCCGGCGCCCUUCCUCACCUCCUACUUCGUGGGCGAGGGGCUCAGCGGGCUGCUGCCCGGGCUGGUGGCGCUGGGGCAGGGCGCCGGGGCCGUGCGCUGCGUCAAUGGCACGCAGCCUGAGUACUUGCCGCCGCGCUUCUCCGUCACCCUCUUCUUCCUCUUCCUCGCCGCCAUGAUGGGGCUGUGCCUGGCCGCCCUCAUCGGGCUGCAGCAGCUCCCGGCCGCCCGCCGCGAGCGUGCCAAGGAGCAGAGCCAGGCCCGGGCGCCCGUGGAGGAGAGGCCCAUGAUGGGGUCCGUGCCCAGUGCCGGGCGCCUGUCGUGGGCACGGGCGGCCGCCGUGUUCGGGCUGCUGGGCUGGGCCAACGCGCUGAGCAACGCCGUGCUGCCGGCCGUGCAGUCCUACUCCUGCCUGCCCUACGGCCGCGCCGCCUACCACCUCGCCGCCACGCUGGCCGCCCUCGCCAACCCACUGGCCUGCUUCGUGGGCAUGGCGCUGCCCAGCCGGUCCCUGCUGGCGCUGGGGCUGCUGACCGCGGUGGGCUCCGGGUGCGGCUGCUACAUCAUGGCCAUGGCGGUGCUGAGUCCCUGCCCGCCCCUGCUGCACUCUGCGGCCGGCGCCACCUUCAUCGUGCUGAGCUGGGUGCUGUGCGUGGGCCUGCUGUCCUACGUGAAGCUGAUGAUCGGGCUGAUGCUGCGGGACGAGGGGCACGGCGCGCUGGUGUGGUGCGGGGCCGUGGUGCAGCUGGGCUCCAUGCUGGGCGCCCUCACCAUGUUCCCCCUGGUCAGCGUCUACCGCCUCUUCCACGCCGGGGACCCCUGCAGCACUCGCUGCCCGGCCUGACCCGCCGCACGGGCUCGGGGCGCCCCGCCUGUGUCCUGAGCCCUGUAGUGCGAAGGAGCCAGGGGGGAUUUCCCGGCCUCCCCUGCAGCUGCAUCUCGGGGUCCGGGCUGACGGCCUCGGUGGACACGGCCGGGCACUGGUACCGUGCCCGCUGCUGGGGACGUGGCCACCCCGCUCGGCUCCGGCCGCUCCCAUCCCGCCAGCUCCAUCGCACCGGGCAGGGUCAGGUGGGGGUGACGGGAACCAGGCGUCCUGCACCCCCGCCCGUGGCCCCUGACCCCGCAGAGCUCCCCCCCCCCCCGUGAAAGCCGCCGCUCCCGGCUGAGGCACGAGGUGGCAGCAGUGCCCAGGCGGACGCCAGCCCGCGGGAGCCCCGUGGGUGCUGUCGGGUCCCGGGUCCCACGCGGCCGGGGGGGGGGGGGGCGGCCGCCCCCGCGUCCAGCGCCGCCAGCUGCUGCAGGAGCGGGCAGCCCCGAGGCGCCUCUUCCCGCUCGGCUCGCGUUUUUGGUUGGCAAUAAAGUGUCCCCGCGCUG